UCACGUGAUGUAGUGGUACACAGGAGUGUGCUGGUGCUAUGACCACGAGAGAUUGUUUUUAUGUUUCAGAAACAGUGUGAGAGGAGUUUCGUUGACGUCGCGGUCGUAGGUUGGCUACUUUUUCAAUUGUGGUGUAAAUCAUAAGUAAUAUUGCGAGAUCCGUCAGAGGCACCAUGUAUAUGUAAUAUGUCGACGCCUGAUAACCUUAAUUGUGAUGGUAGACUAAGUCUGUUGGAUUUCUUAACAAGUUGCUGAGCUUAUAAGUUGGAAAACACUGGACGUGUCAAAGGUUUACAAGGAUACGGGAAUUAUCAUGUCUCAGUGGAAUCAAGUCCAACAGCUGGAGCUGCAGUUCUUGGAACAGGUGGACAAAGUUUAUGAUGAUAAUUUUCCAAUGGAUGUUCGACAUUCACUGGCAGAGUGGAUUGAAAAUCAAGACUGGGAUGUGGCAUCACACAAUGAACUGCUGGCUGCCAUCCUUUUUCAGAAUCUGUUAGUGGAAGUGGAGAAACGGUAUAGUCAGGCUGCUCAAGAAAAGAACUUCCUCCUAAUGCACAAUGUGAAGAGAAUAAAGCAGCACCUUCAGGUUAAGUAUCAUGGGAACCCUUUGCAUAUGUCAAUUGUUAUUUCAACAUGCCUGAAGGAAGAGAGGAGAAUACUGGCUGCUGCAACAGUUCCAGUAAAGGGACCACUGGAAAAAGCCAUAAAUGCUGCAAAUUCAGACAGGCAAAGAAGUGUGGAAUACAAGGUAGCUUCAGUAAAAAGCACUGCACAGAUUGCAGAACAAGAUGUAAAGUAUUUAGAAGAUCUGCAAGAUGAGUUUGACUUCAGAUAUAAAACACUACAGAAUAGAGAUAACUGUGACAGAAACAUUCCUGUAGCAACUAUGAAGCAGGAAGUUUUAAGACUGCAGGAUAUGCUGAACUCUCUGGAUUAUAAACGGAAGGAAGUACUCAACAAAAUAACAGAAAUGAUUAAUGAAAUAGACAACCUGAUGAACAGCCUGCUAAACGAGGAGCUAAAGGAGUGGAAACGACGGCAGCAGAUAGCCUGUAUUGGAGGCCCUCUUCAUUCUGGUCUUGAUCAGCUCCAAAACUGCUUUACAUUGCUGGGAGAGAGUCUGUUUCAAGUUAAAAGACUCCUGGAAAAACUGGAGGAACUUGUGUUGAAAGUAACCUAUGAAGGGGAUCCCAUCCCAAUGCAGAGACCUCACUUGCAAGAAAGAACCAGCUUCUUAAUCUAUGCUCUCAUCAAAAGUUCUUUGGUGGUUGAACGACAGCCCUGUAUGCCUACGCAUCCACAGAGACCACUGGUAAUAAAAACUAAUGUGCAGUUCACGUCAAAGAUAAGACUGCUUGUUCGAUUGCCGGAGCUAAACUAUCAGCUGAAAGUCAAAGCACUGAUAGACAAAGAUAUUCCUAUGGGCAUGGGCAACCGUGUAUUCAACAUAUGUGGAACGAACAUAAAGGACAUGAACAUAGAAGAAUCAAUUAAUGGGAGUCUGACUGUGGAAUUCAGGCACUUGCAACUAAAAGAAAAAAAGGCUACUGCAGGGGCCAAAGGAAAUGAGGGGCCUCUCAAUGUUACAGAAGAGCUUCACUCUAUAACAUUUGAAUCACAGUUCUGUCUUCAAGGUUUGACCAUACAAGUUGAGACAUGUUCUUUGCCUGUAGUAGUUAUAUCUAAUGUGAGUCAACUGCCCAGUGGUUGGGCUUCUGUUCUGUGGUACAAUCUUCUAAGCAGUGAUCACAAGAACUUGAGUUUCUUUAGUAAUCCUCCUUCUGCAUUAUGGAGUCAACUAUCUGAAGUCAUAAGUUGGCAGUUUUCAUCAUUUGUUGGCCGGGGACUAAAUUCAGACCAACUAAUUAUGCUGGCAGAAAAACUUUUGGGGCAGCAAACAAAUUACGAUGAUUGUCAAAUUUCCUGGGCCAGGUUCUGCAAGGAAAACAUUCCUGGUAAAUCAUUUUCCUUUUGGGGGUGGAUGGAUGGGAUCCUGGAACUAAUUAAGAAGCAUCUGCUACCUCUGUGGAUAGAUGGUUACAUCAUGGGAUUUGUGAGCAAGGAGAAGGAGCGCUGCUUACUGAAGGAUAAGAUGCCUGGAACAUUCCUGUUACGGUUUAGUGAAAGCCACUCUGGCAGUGUCACUUUUACUUGGGUAGACCAUUCAGAAAAUGGAGAAGUGAGAUUCCAUUCUGUAGAGCCAUACAACAAGUUACGAUUAUGUGCUUUGCCUUUUGCUGACAUUCUGCGUGAUUACAAAGUUAUCGUGGCUGAAAACGUUCCAGAGAAUCCACUGAAGUACCUGUACCCAGACAUUCCUAAAGAUAAAGCCUUCAGUAAACAUUAUAAUAGUCAGCCAAGUGAAGUCACCAAACCUAUGGCAAAGGGGGAAAAGGCAGGUUAUGUACCUUCGGUGUUCAUCCCAGUAUCCACUUUCCUUAAUACACCUAGUGCUCCUUUUUCAUCACUAGAUCUCCUUCCGUUAUCCCCAUCUGCUUAUGCAGAGCUGAAGGAUCAACUGAGCUCUUCAGAAGUUGAAAGUGCGAUGGACUCACCGUGCUCAUCUGAUUAGAGAGCUCACCUAGAUAAUUAGAGCUGCUUGUUCUGCUGUUUUUUUUUCAAAACUCAAGACACAGGCCAUCGGUUAAACCAAAGAGCUGCAUGUUCUGUUUUCAAGUCUCAAGACACACUCAGGCCAUCAGUUGGACCAACAGUUUAUAUUUUUUUGGCUAUUUAAAUGUUUAUAUUGAACAAUCAUGUCACAUUGCAUGUUUUCCAUUGUAAGGACUUUGUUGUUAUGGUUACUGUUUUUAUGGACUGAAAUAAUAAAAUUAUGAAGCAUAUAUGUUACAAAACCCUGUAACAAAUGUUUUAUCUCACAGUAAUUUCAUGGUGCACCUGUAUGGUUGUAUCUUACUACAGCGUAUAUAAUAUUCUAAAGUAAAAAUAAUAUAAGCGUGUGUACAUGUAGCUGGUCAUUAUGAUUUAUCUGUAGUCCAUUUUGCAGUACAGAAAGUGGCACCAUGUUCUACUACCACGAACUGCUUCAAGUAAAUCAGAAAAAUAGUAUUUCUUGAUAGUGGCAGAUACUGUGUGUAGACAUAACUUACAGAACUGCCAGUUAAAACUUACAUGUCCACAUUCUGUGUUUACUGUGCAGGUUAAAAUACUUCACUCCUUUGCCUUGCAUCCACUGGUAAAAUAUACUGAACUUCAAGGCAAAGGAGUGAAGUAUUUUAACCUGCACAGUAAACAAAAAUGUAAUUUGUGGUAUAGUGACAGGAUUUAUGUUGAUGUGCUUAAGUUCUGAAGUUUGUGUUGGAUAAAACUGUUGUUGCUCAGAUUCUGGUGCAAAGGGAAAAGGGCAUGGAGAACAGAAAGUAGAAACCAACAAUAAUAAACAAUAUUAAUGGUAAAAGAGAGUGAGUUAUGUUUACCAGCUACAUUGAGUGAAGGUAACUUCUGGUAGCAAGGAAAAGCAUUCUUAAGAUGUAUAGAUAUCUCUUUGAAGUGAAAUAAAAUCACAUAGUAAAAUGCAA